AUGGGUAUUUCUAGAGACUCUCGUCACAAGCGUGCUGCUACUGGUGCCAAAAGAGCUCAGUUCAGAAAGAAGAGAAAGUUCGAGUUAGGUAGACAACCAGCCAACACCAAGAUUGGUGCUAAGAGAAUCCACACUGUCAGAACCAGAGGUGGUAACCAGAAGUUCAGAGCUUUGAGAGUUGAGACCGGUAACUUCUCUUGGGCUUCCGAGGGUGUUGCCAGAAAGACCAGAAUUGCCUCUGUCGUCUACCACCCAUCUAACAACGAGUUGGUCAGAACUAACACCUUGACCAAGGCCGCUAUUGUCCAGAUCGAUGCCACCCCAUUCAGACAGUGGUUCGAGACUCACUACGGUAAGUCUUUGGGUAAGAAGCAGUCCGAGGAGGAGGUCAAGAGAUCUCACAAGGUCGAGAGAAAGUUGGCUUCUAGAGCUGCUUCCUCUAACGUUGAGUCUGCUGUCGACCACCAGUUCACUGCUGGUAAGUUGUACGCUUGCAUCUCUUCAAGACCAGGUCAGUCCGGUAGAUGUGAUGGUUACAUCUUGGAGGGUGAGGAGUUGGCCUUCUACUUGAGAAGAUUGACCGCUAAGAAAUAA